AUGAUCCAAGCUGAAGUGGAUAACAAUGCUAUAAUUCCAAUUCACCCUGCAAGAUAUGGUCCUCCAGUUUCACAUCUAUUCUUUGCAAAUGACUGCAUAUUGUUCUCCUCAGCUAAAAGAUCUUCUAUAGAGAAUCUGCAAGAGGUAAUAUAUAAAUUUUGUGAAGCUUCAGGACAAAUGAUAAAUCUCAACAAAUCCAGUAUACGCUUCAACAAAAGAUUAAAUGAGGGCAUCAAGAUUGAUAUCUGCAACAUGAUGAGAAUGAAAACUAUGCUUUUGGAUGAAAAGUAUGUGGGAAUUAACUUAUUCAUGAGCAAAGGGAGAAACAAGUGCUUCAAAAACAUCCAUGAAAAGAUGAAGACAAGAAUCCAACAUUGGCAGGCUGGUAUGGUGAAUCAAGCUGGCAGAAGUACUCAAAUUCAGGCUGUCACUAAUUCCAUGGCCUAA